ACAACAUCCACGCGCGCAAGGGAGAGGGCGCAGCUUAAAAGGAAAGGGAGGCUGCAGCUGCAGCGCAGCCGAGCACACGAGGCCGGGCCGCCAUUCCCUCCCUCUCUUCCCUCCACCACGCCGCUUCUCUCUCUCUAGCUCUCUCCUCGCCGUGGAGAUCCCGUCCACCCGGAACGUGGGUUCCUUCCUUCUUCCGCUGCCUGCCUCUCCGUUCCGCUCCAUGGCUUGACCUCCGUCGUCGCUGUUGUUCUUGACCAUAGCACCUACUGGCACCACGCUAAUCGUUGUGGCCGAUCGGUUCCGGGGAGGAAGACGACGCACGCGGUGCCGGUGCGGGCGGCUCGUUUGCGCGGCGGGUAACUUCGCGGACGCUCCCGUGCUGUGGGCUUGUAGCUGUCAGUGACCUGGCUCGGCUGUAACCUGCUGCGGAGUGUCUCGUUUCAACUGAGGUCUGAAGAUGCUGGCAUGCAUCGCGUGCUCCUCGAAGGAAGGCGGAGAGGACGGCUCCCGUGCCGCGGCCACGCCGCACGGCAAAGAUGCCGUCAAGUCUCUCACGUCACAGCUCAAGGACAUGGUGCUCAAGUUCUCCGGCUCCAGCAAGUACCAUCAGUACAAGGGGACAGCCGCCGGGACCCGAUCGUUGUUCAGGAUCGGCGGCGGGAGCAACCGCCGCCCCUACCCCGGCUUCAUCGACGACACCGGCUUCACGCCGGCGGCGAGCAGGGUGAUCGGCGAGGACUACUACCCGAGGACUGGAGUGGCAGCGGGAAGCAGCGCCGCCGGCGGGGCGCGAGCCGCGCCGUCGGAUACGUUGGACGUGACCGGGAGGCAAGGGGCAGGCAAGAGCCCCCGCGGUAGCGGCGGCUGGGUCCCGAGCACCGGGGAGGAUGCUGCCGCUGUGGAGGAGGCCGCGCCCAGGGAGUGGACGGCGCAGGUGGAGCCCGGCGUCCAGAUCACCUUCGGCACCAUCCCCACCGGCGGCAACGAUCUCAAGCGUAUCCGCUUCAGCCGGGAGAUGUUCAACAAGUGGGAGGCGCAGCGGUGGUGGGGCGAGAACUACGACCGCAUCGUGGAGCUGUACAACGUGCUGACGUUCAGCGGCCGGCAGCAGGGGUGCUCCACUCCGGUGUCCUCCGUCGACGACUCCGUGCUGAGAGAGUCGUCCUACUCCCGUGGCGGCUCGACGAGCAGGGGCAGCCCGACCGCCGCGCCGCUGCCUCCGCCUCCGCCUCCUCCUCCGGCGGCGAGCAAGGAGCCGAUCGCCCGGAGCGCGUCGUGCAAGGCAGCGCCGGGGUCCUCGUCGUCGGCGCCGUACGCGGCCGCGCCGUCCACCAGGGCGGCGUACUACCCGUCCACGGCCGUGCCCGACCCAUCGGACCACGUCUGGGCGCACCACUUCAACAUGCUCAACUCCGCCGCCGGCGCGUCCGCGGCGGGCGGCGGCGCCGGGGUCUCCUCGUCCUACGACCCGUCGCGCGCCACCACGUCGUCCCGGGACGAGGCCUCCGUGUCCCUCAGCAACGUGAGCGACCUGGAGGCGGCGGAGUGGAUCGAGGAGGACGAGCCGGGCGUGUGCCUCACCAUCCGCGAGCUCGGCGACGGCACCCGCGAGCUCCGCCGCAUCCGCUUCAGCCGGGAGAGGUUCGGCGAGGACAGGGCCAAGGUGUGGUGGGAGCAGAACAGAGAGAGGAUACAGGCGGAGUACCUGUAGCGAGAGACGAGACAGAGAAGGGAUGCAAAUUGCAGGCUCUGAUGGGGAUAAUCAAACGUGUUGGGGGGAUAGAUAUUAGGGAGAUAGUACCGCUAUACAUGGCGAAAAGGGUGUGAAGGGUGAAAGAAAAACAGGUGAUGGACUGAUGGUACUUGGCUUUGGCUAAGCAUGUUGUACAUGGAGCUUUGGGGGUAAACUUGGGUGUCUAGCUAGAUGGAUAUGUGCUUAUUACAGCCUGCUUCAGUUACCUUGAUAUGCACAUUUUGGUUCCUUUCUUGCUCAUUUUUGCUAAUUUUAACUCCCCAUUUUCUUGCU